CAAAUAAGCAAACAAUAGAAAUACCAGGAUCAAUGGCAGAAGUUGGCAUUACUGAUGCUAAUUCUCUGUUCGAUUUCGUGGCCAAAAAAGGCUAUGGUAUCAAAGGUUUAGUUGAUUCAGGCAUUGUUGAAGUCCCUCCAUUAUACAUCCAACCACCAUAUGAACGAGUUACAAAGAAAAUCAGUCAUCCGAAUACAAACUUUAAUCACCAUGCAUCGGUUCCAAUUGAUUUGUCAAAACUUGAUGGCCCUGACAACGACAAAGUGGUCGAGGCGAUAGUUCGCGCUGCUGAAACACUUGGGUUUUUUCAGGUUACAAACCACGGCAUUGAUUUGGAUCUGUUGGACAGCUUACCGGAGGCAGCGCAUCGGUUUUUCGAGCAACCAGCCGAGGUAAAAGCUGGUUUUCUCAAGGGAGUUAGUCCAACUCCAUUGGUAAAAUAUGCAACAAGUUUUGCUCCUGAGAAAGAGAAAUUCCUUCAAUGGAGAGAUUAUAUUAACAUGACCUAUACUAAUGAUGCUGAUGCUGAAAAAUACUGGCCAGAUGUGUGCAAGAGAGAGUUGGUUGAAUAUAUCAAGUCAUCCCAUAAAAUGGUACUGCAGUUGUUCAAAAUCCUAAUAGAAAACCUUGGAGUCACAAUGGAAGAAUCGAAGUUUGAAUCUCUCAUUGGCACUAAAGUAGUAAACAUGAAUUACUACCCAGCUUGCCCAAAUCCAGAAGUAACUAUCGGCGUCAAACGCCAUUCCGAUAUCGGAAUAUUAACCGUUCUUGCACAAGAUGAUAUUGGUGGUUUGUAUGUGAAAGUGUCCGAUGAUGAUGAUACACAAGAAGAAGGUAAGAAAGAAGAGUGGAUUGAGAUCCCUCCAAUUCCCAGUGCUUUGGUCGUUAAUAUUGGCGAUUCGCUACAGAUCCUAAGCAAUGGUAAGUAUAAAAGCUCAGAACACAAAGUGGGUACAACAAGCCAGCAAUCAAGAGUGUCAGUUCCGAUUUUUGUGACUCCACGGCUGUCGGAGAAGAUCGGGCCGCUGCCUCAGCUGGUGGAGCGCGACGGAGGAACAAUAUAUAGAGAAGUCGUAUUCAAAGACUACAUGAACUACUUCUUCGUGUAUGGUCACGAAGGGAAGAAUGCACUAGAUUUUGCCAAAAUUAAUUAUCCUAAUUAAUUAGGAUGCAAGGUUUUAUCAUGAGAACAUGAAUUGGAAACCCCUAUCAAGUAUCAAGUGUUAUGUGGAAUAAAGAAACUGGAUUUGAUUUUUCUUAUAAAUUUUGCAUGUGUUUUUGUAAGAGCC